AUGCCGUCUCAAAGGGCACAAACGUCUUUCUGCUUCAUCAACUCCACGGAGCCUCUAGCCCCACAGAGCGAUGACGUGCGUCGUAUUGUCCGCCAGCGGGCAAUGGCCAAAGCCGCCGUUACUAGACGGCAGAACGGCAAUUGGGGCAAGGUCAAUCUACUACAGUACCCUGUCAACAGCCACGACACGCACAGCCUGGAAAAGCAAGAUGAACCACGUCAUCACAGCAGAUUUGUUGACAAGUCUUCGGGCCAGCAUGUCAGCUCUACCGGGCAAAAUGUAGCGAACAUUGAAGCCGUUAGCGAACAGCCAAGCCCAGUCGACUGCACGGACACCAUAGCUGAAAAGGGUGUUCUAUCUCUGUUCAAGAUUGCACCAAAUAUGUCUCCGACAGGUUACGAAGCCCUUAGACGCGAGCUCAAUUUUGAUAUUCUAGACUUGUCCGCUCUAACAACUUACUACGUCAGUCGCAUCACAGCACAGCAACUCGCCCGCCAGCCGUCUCAGCUGGUCCAUGUCCUUCGCUGCCGCCAGUGGUCGUUCAUCUCAUAUCUGCCAAGCAGAUGGGGCAACACCCCAUGCCUUGAAGCAGUAACAAAGUGUCUUGUAAUUAGAGUUCGCGAGUUCCUACAGGGUUCUGGCCAGCCGCCAUCGAAGUACGCACUUGCUCUGUUCGGGCGGGCAGUCUGUAGCGUACAGAGUGCUCUAGAUGAUCUGACGCUAGUCACAGAUCCCGAUGUGCUCUGUGCGGUACGGCUCCUGUCGCUAUGGGAGUUGCUCUCAGAGUCUCAACCGGAAGCCUGGGAUUAUCACAUGAGUGGUGCUAAUGCACUUCUGAAGUUGCGAGGGCCGACAGCUUACACGACACCAUUUGAGAAGGCGUUGCUGCUGGCCAUGGUAGGGCCAAUGUUCACAGAGGCAAUGAUGCAAAACAUUUUUACUUUCGUGGACGAAGAGCCCUGGCAACGAGCCAUCCAAAACUGCAUGAUCAAAGGCACCGCCCUGUCUGACUGUAGCGAGCUUAGUAUCUCGCUCUGGAUCAUCCUGUGUCCUAUCCCACGCCUGAUGCACGAGGUUCAGGAACUUGUCUGCCGAUCUCAGCGGGAUGAGCUUAUCCCUAGCCAUAUUGUCUCGGCUUACAUCCAAUGCUCCCUCUCCAUAUUACAGAAAUUACAGUCGUGGCGCCACAGCUACGAUGAAUUCAUGCGCACUCUGGGUCGCAGCUCCGAUACCGACCAAGUAUCCUUCCUCGCCGUUCCAAAUACUUCCACAUACGAAUGCGACAAAUCAUUUGAGCUUCUAGGCAUUUGUCUCGGCUCUACGCUUAUCAUGCAUCGACUACUCGUUACGCUUUCUCCCUCGCAACCCAUUUCCUUUGCAACAGAGGCAGCGGCACAAACGGUUGCUUCAGAGAUUGUAGAGCUAGAACAGCAGGCUUCGCAGAGCAGCCCGAGAGCGGCGUUGUUUAUGGAGUUCAAAAUGAUCCUAGCGCGUAGCGUGAUGGCUACCAAGGAUUGGUACGAUGUUGUGUCAACAGCUAUCUCAGAGGAAGAUAAGAAGAGAAGUCUGGAAGCCUCGACGGGAGACUGGAAUGAAGCUCCCACAGUGAGGCUGAUCGAUAAGGAAGUAUUUGAACACUGGUGCAGACAUAAAGGGAGGAAGGUUGCGACUUCUAAAACUCCGUUAGAUCAUCGCCACUACUUGGCUUCAGGACAGCAAAGCUCUCUUCUUGUCCUCCGCUACAUACCCAUACUAGUCAAAAGCGGAUGCGCACAAAAACGGCGAGACCGACCAUUUACCGAAAAGAGGAUCAAAAACGACCCUGGACACACCAUGUUAGAUUGUCAACAGAGGCCAGCAGAUCCAACCGACGGUAAUUCGGACAUGAAUACUAACCAAGCCCAAUUUGAAACGUACAAAGACUUUCUUCGCGCCCAUAUUGGCGUAUUUCCUGAAUAUCGGGAUUUGUACUUUUAUUUGGAAGAUCAUCGUAACAAUUGGGAUGUAUUGGACCAUAACGGGACGCGGUUAGUUAUUUCUGACCUUGUAGGUCAAUCUUUCAAGACGAGAACGUAUGAUCCGGGAGAUGGUACUCCAGAGGUUACGCUUAAGAGAGAAUUGAAGACCCAUGAUGAAAAUGUUAAGCUUCGAGUCCUCCAUGUCGUAUCUUUUGAAAGAAUGCCGUUCCAGUUAGUGGAAGCGCUUGGGAUGACAUUCGAUCUGGAACCUUCAUUCUUACGAGGCUUAAUUGGACCGAGGGCCAGCUCCGAAGAAGAUACUGAGCAUCCCGCAAUUUACAGGAAAAGUCGACUCCCGCCUGGCAUCCCAAUGAAGUCUGAGGAUUACCUUAUCAUGGAACCCUACUUUCUGAGUCUGGUAUUCAACAACAGAGGAGGGAUCAAUCACAACAAUGGAGUUUAUGAUCUCCUAUGGAAGAUUGCCGACGCUCUGUUGAUCAUUCUUAAUUGGAUUGGCUCGAUACGCAAUUUCUUCUGCAAAGUUGAGUAG